AUGAACCCCGACUCAAUCUUCGACGAUCAGUUUCCGGCGCCGGAAAUAGGGAACUUGGCCGUUGACGAAGAACUCCCUCCAUUGGAAGACGUAGACCACACCAUCAAUAAUUACUGCAAUCCAUUUGAUGCGCAAGGAUUGUCAGAGCAGGUCCAAGAUCUUGAUAAUCAUGAUCAAACACCAUUUUCCAUACCGGAUUUCGACAUUUCAACCAUCGGAAUUUCAUAUUCAAAGUUAAAGUCAAAACUAGCGUAUCCGGAGCAGAAUUCUCCGGCGUCGCUAGAGCUUCUUAGUUACCGGAGAAAAUUUAAAGGUUUACCAGAAGCUUCUACAGACGAAAUUGUACUGGAUUGUGUCGGAAAACUGUCGACGGUGGAAAUCAUCGAACUGGCGGCGGAGAAGUUUAUAAAGUUUUCAACCCAACGGGGCAAUGGGUACACCAUGUUCACUCAUCCGUAUGGGUCGUCGGCGUUCACGAGCUUAUCGAUUGACGAGACCAGGGAGGUUGAGCUUGUUUUCCAGCUUUUGACCGCCGCCGAGAAAGUUGGCCGGAAGCAGUUUGAUAUCGCCAGCAAAUACAUAGCACGGUGUGGGUGGGUGGCGUGCGACAGCGGCUCUCCGGUUGAGCGGCUGGUGUAUCACUUAUGUGAUGCAUUACAGAAAAGAAUCGGAAAAGAAAUUGGUAUACCCUUUGCUACGAAACUAGAAAAACAGGGUAUAAAAAAUGAAAAUCCUAUGGCAUUGGGAACAAAUAUGACAUUCUUGGCCGUUUAUCAAGCCCUUCCGUUCAAUCAAGUGUUGCAUUUCACAGGCAUACAAGCGAUCCUCGAUCAAGUUGGGACAUCAAGCAAAGUGCAUUUGAUCGACAUCCACAUUAGAUGUGGCGUACAAUGGACGGCUAUGAUGCAAGCAUUUGCAGAACAAAGUCCACAACCCGAGCUUUUGAAACUAACCGCAUUUGCAACAACCUUAGACUUCCAAAAAGUAGAGGAAACUGGAAGAAGAUUGAAGAAUUUCGCGAAAACUUUAAGUUUGCCUUUCUUGUUCAAAACACUCGUGCUAUCAGACAUCACCGAAGUGGAAAAACAUCAGUUUGAGGUUCAGGAUGGUGAAGCAAUCGCAGUCUACUGUAAUAUGAUUCUAAGAACUAUGAUUUCCAGACCCCAAAGGUUGGAAAAUAUGAUGAGAGCUAUCAAAACAAUCAACCCUGCUAUUAUUGUUGUCGCCGAGGUCGAAGCCAACCACACUUCAACUUCUUUCGUGAAGCGGUUUACUGAGACAUUAUUCUUUUAUGGUGCUUUUUUUGAUUGUAUUGACGUGUGUAUGAGUCAAGAUAAUGCUCAUAGAGCAGUGAUGGAAGGUGUACAUUUUGCUGGCGGGAUGCAAAACCUAGUGGCGGCUGAGGAGGGUGAGCCGAUGAGUAGGAGUGUAAAAUUGGAUACUUGGAGGUCAUUUUUUGCAAGGUUUGGAAUGGUGGAGUACGAGCUUAGUGAUUCGUGUAUAUAUCAGGCAAAGCUCGUGUUGCAACAAUUUCCAUGUGUGAGUUCUUGCAUGCUUGAGAAUAAUGACAAGUUUUUGAUUGUUGGGUGGAAAGGGACCCCAUUGGUUUCCUUGUCAACAUGGAAGUUCAUUUAG